UGCAGUUGCAGUCAUCCUUGGUUACUCCGGGAGCGAUCUGCCUGGCUAACGGAGGCGGAGGCGUCGCGGCCCCACUGCGCCUGCGCACCUACGGCGGCCGGAAGGGGCCGGAGCCAAAGCGGCGGAAGACAGCUGCGAGCCCCACCCUUUCCUCCCGUGGCUGCCACAACCUGCUGUAGGCACAGAUGGCCUCCCGGCACAUCACCCAGAACACCUUUGAUGCGGCCGUGCAGGAGAACAUGGAGGAGUUUGAAAUGGGGCCGGAGGAAGCCGUGCAGGAGGCUGUGGAGCAGUUUGAGUCGCAAGGCGUUGAUCUGAGCACCAUUGUGAAGGCUGUGCCGAAGGCCUCUGCCCAGGGAGCCCUGGAGCCCACGCAUGCUGUGUGCCAGACCCUCGAUGACCUGCUGGAGGCCGUGGCUGGCUCGCACCCCCAGGAGGCAGUGGCCCACCUGGCGCGCUUCUGCGACCAGUGCCGUGAGCACAGGGCCUGCCGCUUCCUGGCAGCCCAGAAGGGGGCCUACCCCGCCAUCCUGGCCGCCUGCAAGCUGGCAGCCCCGGGCGACCAGGGCCUCCUGCUCCCGGCCCUCAGUGCCCUGGCGGCGCUCACCGAUGGCCAGCCUGACCUCCUGGAUGCCGACGGCCUGCGGCUGCUGCUGACCACCCUGGCCCAGAACACCGAUGUGGCCGACGUGACCUGCUCUGGGCUCCGCUGCGUGCGCCACGCCUGCCUGAAGCACGAGCAGAACCGGCAGGCCCUGGUGAAGGCAGGUGCGCUGCCCCUGCUGACCGGCGCCAUCGCCCGGCACAGCCACCACGCCGACGUGGUCAGGGAGGCCUGCGGGGCCCUGCGUGUCAUGACCUUCGAUGACGACAUCCGUGUGCCCUUCGGCCACGCCCAUGACCACGCCAAGAUGAUCGUGCAGGAAAACAAAGGCUUGAAGGUCCUCAUCGAAGCCGCCAAAGCCUUCCGCGGCAACCCUGGCGUCCUGGGUGAGCUCUGCAGCACCCUGGCCUGCCUGGCCGUGCGCAAUGAGUUCUGCCAGGAGGUGGUGGAUCUCGGGGGCCUCGAUGUCCUGGUGACCCUGCUGGCCAGCUGCAACAACCACCAGGACCUCGUGAAGCAGGUGCUGAGCGCCCUGCGAGCCAUCGCAGGCAACGAUGACGUGAAGGACAGCAUCGUGCGCGCUGGCGGGACAGAGGCCAUCGUGGCUGCCAUGACCCAGCACCUGGCCAGCCCCCAGGUGUGUGAGCAGAGCUGCGCGGCCCUGUGCGUCCUGGCGCUGCGCAAGCCAGAGAACAGCCGGGUCAUCGUGGAGGGCGGCGGUGCCCUGGCGGCCUUGCAGGCCAUGAAGGCGCACCCGCGGGAGGCCAGUGUGCAGAAACAGGCCUGCAUGCUCAUCCGCAACCUGGUGUCCCGCAGCCAGGCCUUCUCCAAGCCCAUCUUGGACCUGGGGGCCGAGGCGCUCAUCACGCAGGCGCGGGCAGCCCACCAGGACUGCGAGGACGCAGCCAAGGCCGCCCUGCGGGACCUGGGCUGUCGCGUGGAGCUCCGGGAGCUGUGGACGGGGCAGAAGGGGGAUCUGGCACCGUGACCCUGCCAGUGUGGGCUGUGACCUUGGGUGAUUCACAGGACUCGGGGAGGCCCAGCUCCGCCCCCACGGCCCCUGCCCCACCCGUGUGGCACCCCCUCUGUCACAGAGCCUGUCUGUGCAUUUCUUGGGGCAAAGGGCACGUCUUCCCACCUGACUCCCGGCGAGUGCCUGCUGCUGGCUCGGCUCCUGGUUCCGCUCCUACGGGCCCUGUGACCCUGCUCCAGGGUUUCUCCCUGUAAAUGGGUCUCAGGUGUCCAGCUGUGUGCGGCAGCGUGGUAUCCAGUAAUAAAGGUCAUUGGUGGAUGUUGGA